AUGGGAGAUGAGAAUGAGGGGAAACCAGAGGAUGGCUUGGCUGCGGUGCUGAAAUCCGCAGUGCAGAAUCUGCAACAAAGCCAUGAGCAAGUUUUCCAAGUACUUGAAAGGCAGAGGGCUGCAAUGACCCGUGUGCAAACAGAGCUUGUUCAACUUCGAGAAGAAAAACAUUUACUUCAGAGUGGCCACGCUUUGGCAGCCUCAACGCAAGGAAUGCAAGUGAUACCACCGACCCUCUUGGGUGCAGUGCCCGAUGGAGAAGAGAGAGAGGAGAAUCCAGAAGGUUUGGAAUGCUCAAAGAUACGCCCAGAUCGGAGAGCAACAUUUGCGCACAACACAUCAGAGGCUUUCGGAGAUACCAAGAAAUUGUUGCACUGCCAUUCAAUGCCAGAACUCGAAGAGCCUGAUUCUGGUACGGAAGAUGUGAGUCCGAGCAUUCACGGGCCCAGCCUUGUGAAAGCCAAAAACCUCCCAAGAAAGACUGCAAACAACUUGUUCAUCGAUGCGGAAGACAUGAAAGCCAGGGUGCGGGCAGCUAUCGGACAGCCAGAAUACAAUGUGGUUGACUUCUACAAAACCAGUGGUUGCUGCCAACAAGUGGCUCGAAAGAGAUCUUUUGAGAACAUCACACUGGCCGUGAUCGGUUUAAAUGCAGUUUGGCUAGCAAUUGAUACCGAUUUCAACAAGCCUUCUGACACAACGUCUCCAGUUUUCAUCUUCGCAGAGCACUUCUUUUGUUUGUACUUCUUCGUGGAAUGGUUCCUUCGCUUUGGGGCCUUUAGAAACAAACGAGACUCUUUGAGGGACUUUUGGAUGGUUUUUGAUGGCUCCUUGAUGCUCGUGACGGUCGUUGAAACGUGGCUCCUGCAGUUUGUCCUAUGGGCAGCUGGCGCCACCGAUGGGGGGCACUCUGACAGCACUGGCAUGAUCCGGCUCGUGCGCUUGCUGCGGAUCGUGCGCAUUGCUCGAAUUGCUCGGCUGCUUCAUCAUUUGCCUGAGUUGCUUAUCCUCGUGAGGGCGAUGGUUAUUGCUACCCGGGCAGUGUUCUUCUCUGUGAUUCUGUUGGUCCUAGUUCUCUAUGUCUUCGGCAUUGCAUUCACCCAGUUGGCGCAGGGGAGCCCACUUGCAGAUAAGUACUUUGGCAACAUUCCAGACUCCAUGACGACCUUGCUGCUCAACGGAAUCUUUCUUGACAGUGUCUCAGAGGUGGUAGUGGAGAUUGGCAGAGAGAAUUUGCUCUUCAGCUUCGUGUUCAUUUGGUUCAUCUUGGUGGGGACGCUCACGGUGAUGAACAUGCUAGUGGGUAUUCUCGUGGAAGUGAUAAGUGUGAUUGCAUCUGUCGAAAAGGAGCAAUUGCUAGUGGCAAAGGUGCAGAACAAGCUAGAAGAUGUGAUGGACUUGGUGGGACUCUCCCGCGAAGAGGAUUUGACGCAGCGGGAAUUUGUGAAGCUUGUCCAGCAGCCAAAUGCUGCUCGCAUUUUGCAGGAGGUCGGAGUGGACGUGGUUGGUCUCUUUGACUUUGUUGGAGUCAUUUUCCCUUCAAUUGAUGCAACUCUCACUUUCCAAGACUUGAUGGAGGUGGUCCUCUCAUUACGAGGUAACAACACAGCUACAGUGAAAGAUCUGGUGGACCUGAGGAAAUGUGUCCUGGCUGAGAUUGGUCGCUUUAAUGCCUCUAUGGAAGAGAUCAAGGGAAGUCUCAAGGGAGGCAUUGAUAGCUUGCAGGCCCUCAGCUGA